AUGGACGUAUCGUUUUCUGGUAUUCUGUCGUUCGUCGAAAAAAAAGCGUUGGAUCUGCUUGCCUCAGGAUCCUGUACCCCUGCUGACCUGUGCUUUUCGUUACAAGAAACGGUGUUCGCGAUGUUGGUCGAAACGGCUGAGCGUGCGAUGGCCCACUGUCGUUCGAACGAGGUGCUGAUAGUCGGUGGCGUCGGCUGCAAUGAACGUCUGCAGCAGAUGAUGGGGAUCAUGGCUCAGGAGCGUAACGCGAAACUGUAUGCCACCGAUGAGCGGUACUGCAUCGACAACGGUGCCAUGAUCGCUCAUACCGGUAUGCUGAUGCACCAAUCAGGGAUGCACAUGAAGUGGGAUGAUGCCGUUUGUUUGCAGCGAUACAGAACCGACGAUGUACAGAUUGAAUGGCGAGAGUAG